AUGCUAGCGAAACCCCCCUCGCUGGGAGGAUCCGUGAUUUCCAACACCUAUCAGUACAUGACGGACAUGCAUGGCUUCCUACGGAGAGACGCUUCAGCCCGGCGCAAGAACAGAAUCGUCAAAUUCCAACUGGGCCCAAAGAAAAUCUACAUGGUCUCCGAAGAGAAGAACAUCCAAACCAUAAACAGGUCCUCGAACGGACACGAGGUCAAUCCUGGGCAAGCACGACUCGGGCACGGGCAGCACCAUGUCUACUCUCAAUACCUUCAGCGAACGGACCAUGCCAAUGCGCUGAGCGACAAAUAUAUGGAACUGUUCAACCAGCGCCUUAGCAAGCAGCCUUUAGGGGAGUGGAGGAAGGUCCGUCUCUCCGACUUCUUUCGCAGGAAAAUGGCCGAAGCUGCGUUGAUUGCGCUGAUGGGGUCUCGGGUUGUUGAGCUGAACCCGGACUUCUGGCCGGCGACGUGGGGAUUCGCCCGUCUCGCACCGCAGCUCAUGUGGGGGUUUGCCCCGAUGGAUGGGUCCCAAGCCAUGGGAGAUCCAGGGUGA